GCAAUCUUAAAAAUAGGAGAGGAGAGACAAGAAAAGCCCUAUAUUAGUUGAGAGUAGCAACGGCGGCCCAGAUUUGGAGGAACUUAGCUAACUCAGAAGAACCGCUCUUUUCUCUCGGCGGUCAGAACUAUCGGGACUCUCAUUCACACAUACCUCGCUCGUACACACCCACACCCACAUCCACACCACUGAGAUCCAUUCCUGCUUCCCCCCUUUCUCCUCCAUACUCGCCGAAACUACUAAGAUUCACCAGCUUUCUCAGGUUUAUGGAUGCACAUAAUGUCACAGCUUCUUAAGUAGUUAUAAUGGCUUUUUGAUCUUUGGAGCAUCAUUUUUGGGAGAAAUUUAUUGGCCAGUUAUUCAUUCAUGCUCUUGAAGAUUUGUUGUGGUCAAAUACGUUUAAAUAGAAGGACUGAGUUGAUUUUUGCGAGCUUUUACCUACACAAAUUUGGUAAUAACAUUACUGCCCUUUGUUGGGAUUAAUCUAUUUUGAUAGAUUUCGAACAUUAUUGGAGUAGUACCUAUACUGCUUACUGUUUAGCCUUUUAUUACUGCACAUAUAGAAGAAUCUACAACACAAAUGAGUAGUGUAACCGCAGAAGGUGUGCAUUCUAAAGAAAGUAUGUUAGAACAGGUGAAUGAUAUUGAACCUUUAGAACAAAUAAAUCAUAUUGAAUGUAAUAUUAUAGAAAAUGCUCAACGGGAACUUGGCACAUCAGUGUCCAGCAUCCUUAGUGAACAAUUGCAACCACUUUCCGAAAAUGUGGCCAAUGAUUCUCUUCCUCAACUAUCAGAACAACAUUCGUUCCCACAACUGACAACAUCAGAAAAGGCUGGUGAUUUUGGUCGUGAUGUCUGUAUUGAGCCAUUAGGACAUCAACCUGGCCGCAGAGACUUAUCUCAAAGGGAUUCCAGAGAUGUACGUGGCAAGCCGCAUGGACAAAAGCAUCAACCUAACACCAAGUAUGUAGGAAAUGAAGCACCAGACAGCUCUAUUCUUGGUAAGCACUUGGAAUCAUUUUCUGGAAAUGCUACCAAUGAUCCACUUAUUAAAAAUAUGGACCUGCUUCAAGAAGAUGUGAGCAUGAGUUGCCAGACUGAAAAAACUUCUUGCCCUCAACAAGAGACAUCAGAAUUGAAAAAUGAAUGUGGUGCUGGAAGCCAAUGUACUGAACCAUCUAAGCAAAAUCUUCACGUGGGAUCUAACCUCUUACACAAGGAAACAGGAGAAAAUAACACCAUUACCUUUGUUGUGGCUGAACAGCAUGAAUCUAUUUCUGAAAAUAGGACCAUGAUUUGUGAUGGGAAGCUGGUAGUGUCUGAAGGUGUGAUAAAAAAUUGUCAGACAGAUAAAAAAUCAUGCCCUCAACAAAGUAUGUUGGGGCAGACCAAGAACUAUGAUUGUGGAUGUGCACUUGGUGAGAAACUGAAAAGUGAAGACAAUCUUGGUUCCGAGCAUCUACAUACGUCUCCUGUUAAAACUAGCAAUGCAGCAUCAGAUCCUAUUGCUGCUGAACAUUUGGAACCACCACUUGGAGAUGUAAGCGGGAACCCUAUUAUUAGUAAACAACAAGAACAAUCUUCUGAAGAUGUGGUCGAAAAGUCUACUCUUGAGCAGUUUGAAACCUCCUCUAAAAGUUUAAGGAAGAACUCCAGCAAAUCAGGACGGAAAGUUAAGCGAACUUCAAAAUCAAGACAGAAAAAAUAUAUGUUAAGAUCUUUGGUUGGUAGCGACCGGCUUCUACGAUCAAGGACCCAAGAGAAACCUAAAUCUCUUGAACCAAGUAAUAUUUUGGGCAAUGCUAAUGCUGGUAAUGGGGUGGAGAAGAAAAAGGAGAGAAAAAAGAGAGGUGCAAAGAAAGUUAUAGCUGAUGAGUUUUCGAGAAUCAGGAAACGUCUGAGAUAUUUUCUCAAUCGAAUACAGUAUGAGCAAAAUCUAAUCGAUGCUUAUUCUAGUGAAGGAUGGAAAGGAAACAGCCUAGAAAAGCUAAAACCAGAGAAAGAGCUUCAGCGGGCUACAUCUGAAAUAUUUCGUCGUAAAUUGAAAAUAAGAGAUCUAUUUCAACAGCUUGAUUCACUGUGUGCGGAAGGAAGGUUUCCAAAAGGUUUAUUCGAUUCUGAAGGGCAGAUUGACAGUGAGGAUAUAUUCUGUGCAAAAUGUGGGUCCAAAGACUUGUCUGCUGAUAAUGAUAUAAUACUAUGUGAUGGUGCUUGUGACCGUGGGUUCCACCAAUUCUGUUUGGAACCUCCAUUGUUGAAUGAAGACAUCCCCCCUGAUAAUGAGGGUUGGCUAUGCCCUGGAUGUGACUGCAAAGUUGAUUGCGUUGAUUUGCUCAAUGACUCUCAUGAAACUAAUCUUUCUGUCGGUGACAACUGGGAGAAGGUUUUUCCAGAGGCUGCUGCAGCGGUAAGAGAAGGAAAUAAUCUGGAUCACAAUCCUGAAUUGCCUUCUGAUGAUUCUGAGGAUGAUGAUUAUGACCCUGAUGGUCAGGAAAUCGAAGAGAAGAUUGACACAGAUGAUUCAAGUUCUGAUGAAUCUGAGUAUGCUUCUGCUUGUGAUGAACUUGAGGCUCCACCUAAUAAUGAGAUGUCUUUGAGGCUCUCUUCUGAUGAUUCAGAUGACAAUGACUAUGACCCCAAUGCUUUGGACAUUGAUGAAAAUGUUAAACAGGAAAGUUCAAGUUCUGAUUUUACCUCUGACUCUGAGGAUCUUGCUGCCACAGUUGAUGAUAAUAAUGCUAAAAGGCUUUUAGGAAAGUCUAAUAAGCAAGGUUUUAAAUGUGGUGGAAAUAAGUCAUCUUUAAAGGGUGAGCUGUUAGAUAUUUUAAAUUCAGGUCCUGGCGAAGAUGGUUCCUCGCUUAUCUCAGAAAAAAGACAUGUCUCGAGGUUGGACUACAAAAGGCUUCAUGAUGAGGCCUAUGGAAAUGUUCCUUCUGAGUCAAGUGAUGAUGAAGAUUGGAGUAGUAGUGCUGCAACAAGGAAACGGAAGAAAAAAACUACAGAGCAAGUUGCUCCAAUGUUAUCAAGUGACUCAAGGGAUGAUGAAGAGUUGAAUAAUAGCUCUACAACUAGAAAAAGGAAGAAGAAAGCUACUGGACAAGUUGCUCCACGGUUGCCAAAUGGAAAUGCUUCAACUGAGAAGAGCGAAGCAACUAAGGAGCCCAUAAAUCAUAACCUUGAAAACCGUGAACAUAUAAGUAGGCGAAGACCACGCCAAAAAUCUAUGGUUAAAGAUGCAAAUGAUUCUCCUAGUAAAUCGCUUGUAGGCUCUCCAAAAUCUGCUUCCACUGGUAGUAGAGUAAAAUCAACAUCAUACAAGAGACUUGGAGAUGCUGUCACUCAGAGGCUGUAUACAUCCUUCAAGGAAAAUCAGUAUCCAGACCGAGCUAUGAAACAAAGUUUGGCUGAAGAACUAGGACUCGAUUCUCGACAGGUUAGCAAAUGGUUUGAAAACAUGCGAUGGAGUGUACGACAUUCAACAUGUAAAGAAGCAGGCAUAAGUGGGAGUGCUUCAGAGAGAAGCGUUCCAUCGCCUCAAACAGACAAGCAGCUACUUGAAUCCAAACAAAACAUUGAAGCUUCAAAUGGGGAACUGCCUGGGAUAGUUGAUGCAUUGCCAAAAACCUGCACUAGGAAGCAAGAUGAUGACAAAGCCAAAUUGCACACCAACGAAAGCAGUUGUCAUACCUCUGCAGCCCAGACCUCUGGAAGAAAAAGGGGUAGGCCAAAAAUCGAGAAACCAACCACUCCUGUUCUAGUGGAUGCUAACAAAACAAGUGGUACUAGAACAAGGAGCCGUCGCAAAUCUGCUCCUUGACAAAUAUAAAUGUUGAUCCUUGGAAAGAGAUCUUCUGGGCUAUAAAUUGCAGGAAGUACGGUACAAAACGAAUACCACUAUAUAUGCCAUUGUUCUCCCUUGUAAUUUUAAGGUGUCCCCAGUUGUUUGCAGCUGCUCCUUUAAAGAAAAAGUGCGUAUAGAUGCCGCUGGCACUGGAGUGUACUUAGAGUUUAUGUAAAUGUAGGCUAUUUAGCUCUUCAUCAGUACCAAAAUCAUUGUUCUUUAAGCAUAUUUAAUCAUUAUGCUCUUAUUGCAAACGGCGAGCGCAUUUGACCUUUGAGCAUUGAGAUAGACAAACCGUACAACCAAGAGAAAUUAUACUAAAUCUGUUUGGUAAGUUAGCAAAAUGUCUCACUUUUGUCCUCAUUUUUAUUAUCUUCUUCAAUUUACAGUUUAUGUAUUUGAUAUAUUGUAAACGUUCAUUAAUUAUUAUUAUUAUUUUUGUGUUUUUAUUA